AUGCUUAUCAUGUUAAAAAGUAUAUAUAUAUAUAUAUAUUAUUUCUCGUCCUCAGGAUUCUCCAAUUCCUUUUUCCUCAACGUACUCCAAGAAAAUGGCAAGUUUAAUAAGGUUUUCCCAAAUCCUCUGCCUGUCCUUCAUGUUGUUAUGGUUUCGAGUCCAAAGCUCCUCACCUUCUCAAUCUUCUCUCGAUUCAUCACCACAUUUCUACCGUCCUGAAGAGCGUUCUGCAUUGCUUGAUUUCAAAAGCACUACUAAAUCUUGUGAUUCUCUUCCUAAGAUACAAACUUGGAACGAGAGUGAAGACUGCUGCUUGUGGGAGGGCAUCACAUGCGACAAGAUGAAAGGUCACGUGAUUGGCCUUGAUCUCAGCUGGAAUUGUCUUGAAGCCAAUCUAACUACAAAUAGUAGUCUCUUCCGCCUUGAGAAAUUGCAGACCCUCAACCAUGCUUUCAACUCUUUUAGCUACCCCAAUCUCUCUUUUGGGUUCAACCGUUGGAAGAGUUUGACAUAUCUUAAUCUUGCAGUGAGGGGAUUCACCGUAAUAGACAUCAUCAAAUCUCAAUUAGAGAAUCUAUGCCCUGGCGUCGUCUCCUGUGCUAAUAUAUUAGCUGUCGCUGCUUGUGACUCCGUUGUUGCUGUAAGAAAGAAACAACAAUGAACAUUAGUUCUAUGUUUUGUAAUCUAAUAUUAAUAAAAGUUUCAAGUUUUC